AUGAUUGAAAGACGCGUGGUGGCAGCAGAGCGAGCAGGGUGCGAGUCCCGCAGUGGGAGCGGGAGCGAGCAGGGUGCGAGUCCCGCAGCGGGAGCGGGAGCGAGCAGGGUGCGAGUCCCGCAGCGGGAGCGGGAGCGAGUCUUGGACGAAGAAACGAGCUCAGGCCCAGCUGUUGGAUCCAGCCUAACGGCAACACUUGGCCUGGUUAUUCAUGCUGCAGCUGAUGGUGUGGCUCUUGGGACUGCAGCAGGAUCAUCGCAGAUCUCGCUCCAAGUCAUUGUGUUCUUUGCUGUCAUCCUUCAUAAGGCUCCUGCAUCAUUUGGUUUGGUUUCGUAUCUGAUGCAUGCUGGUUUAGAGAAGAGACAGAUUCAGAAACACCUCUUCAUCUUCUCCCUAGCAGCACCACUCCUCGCCGUCACCACCUACUUUAUAGUCAGCAAGAGCAGCGUGGGCCCACUGCACCAGACCAAGGCCUCUGGCAUCGGGCUGCUGUUCUCUGCUGGGACAUUCCUGUAUGUGGCGUCUGUGCACGUAUUGCCUGAAGUCAGCAGUCAAACUCAGCACGGGGUCACCAGCAGCAGUGGCAAGAAAGGCCUGGGGAUUCUGGAGAGCCUGACUCUGAUUGUGGGCUGCACCAUUCCUGUUCUCCUGUCGCUGGGACUUCACGAUGCCUGACUAGAGCUGGACACUAGCCUUCCCCUGCUAGCCCUCUAUUUCAGCAGUGGGACCUGUACUUUCAGUGGAAGCACCAAGCACCUGUUCCCUUGUGACAGUGAUACAUGUUGACAUUGCAAGAGGGUGGGGACAAUGUCUAAUUAAUACCUAGCAAAAUUAGUGAGGCCAAGGAGCAUUUAUAGUUGGGUGACGUGUGAUCUGGGAUAACAGGAAGGUUGGGGAUGGUCGGGUGCAUCAUUAGGACAAGUCAAACAGCCAAUGUCCUCUGAUUAUAUUUAAUCCAUUAGUGUCACUAUUACAGACAGACACACACUUAACUUGAGGCCUACUGUAUAUCUUGGUAGAUAAUACUUAGUUUUUAAAGUUUCCUUUUACUUACAGUCACAUUCUUACUAGUUCUGCCCAGAUAAAGAAAGGGCAGUUCAUUUAUUUGGUGUUUAGUUUGAUGUCACUGUGGCAGUCUAAUGCAUCCGUAAUGCGUAAAGAAUUGUGAAAGGAAAGAAUACAAGUUAAUGUUUCAGGCAAAAUCCUUUGUCCCAACUUUGAUAAGGAGUUUCACUCUCUCUAUUAAGAUAUUGAUAGCCCCGCUGUGAAUUUCUGGGUCCCUCGUGCUUGGAGGGAGGCUAACUAAUGUCCAUUGGACAUGAACCCAGUAUUGACCUCUAUACACCCCUGUCACAACUCCAGACCUUCUCCUGAGUGGAUUUACAAUGCCAUCAUCACUGGCCACAGAAGUGUCGCGAACAUUCAAGUGAAAGGCUGGUGACUUCACUAACAAAGAGGAGAAAUCAGCUGAAGCAGGGAGAUGCUGAAACAUGGACGAGAAAUACACAGAAAGCCAGAGUGAAGACAAAGUACUUUUAUUAUUGCGAAGCACACUAAUGGGAUGAAUUACUGGUGUAAAACUUGCUUAGGGGUUAAAUUACUAAUGCAACACAUACUAAGGGAUUGACUCAUAUAAACAAUAGAAAGGGGAUCAAUCGUGAGUGUUAAUAGUUGCACAGGACUGAAUUAUUUUCAACAGACGUAGGACUCAAUUACUGGUGUAAAAUGUCCAGGGACUGAAUUAUUCAUGGAAAGCGUUUGGAAGGUGAAAAACUUAUAUAAAGGCUGCUUAACGGGCGAGUUCCUUCAUAGCUGUACCCACUCAACUGCUGUAACCACAGAUGUAAGGAUUUCCCCUGAACUUGCUCUGUAAUUAUAGAAUGCUUGAAAUUUAAGGCAGAGGAGGAGGCCAUUCUGCCUAUCUUGCCAGUAACAGCCAAGAACGUGCCAAUCAGCUUAAUGCCAUUUUCAAGCUCCUGGCCCAAGUGCCCUGUUGUCUGCAACACUUUCUGCAAAUAUCCAAGCACUUUAU